AUGACCACACCGAUCCCACAACCACCAGCCGUACCGUUCUUGGGCAACCUCCGUGAUAUCGACCAGGAGGUGCCGGCGCGCAGUUAUGCACUGCUCACGAAACAGUACGGCGGUAUCUUCAAGCUCGUACUCGCCGCUGUUAUAGGAGAGGAAGUCAUUUUCUGCACCUCAUACGAGCUGCAGAACGAGCUAAGUGACGAGAAAAGAUUCGAAAAAGCUGUCCGUGGCGCACUAGAAGAGAUCCGCGCUGGGGCUGGAGACGGCCUCUUCACGGCAUAUAAUCACGAACCAGAUUGGGGCAAGGCUCAUCGGCUCUUAAUGCCCGCCUUUGGCACGGUCGCGCUGCGUGGCAUGUUCGAUGACAUGAUUGAUAUAUGCUCGCAACUCUUGCUGAAAUGGGAGAGAUUUGGCUCUACACAUGUCAUUGACCCGACGGAAGACUACACUCGCUUGACUCUUGAUACCAUCAGCUUGUGUGCGAUGUCAUAUAGGAUGAAUUCUUUCUAUAUGGAGAAUCAGCAGCCGUUUGUCAAAUCGAUGUCCGACUUUCUGGUCGAAGCUGGUUCCCGUUCCCGUCUUCCGGGUCUCGUACAGGCCUUCAUGAAAGGUAGCCAAGCGAAAUGGGACCAAGAUAUCAAGACGAUGGCGGCACUUGCAGACCACAUCAUCGCCGAUCGCAAAGCGAAUCCGGUUGACUCCAAGGAUGUUCUCAAUACGAUGUUGAACGGCAGAGACCCAAAGACAGGUGAAGGUUUAAGUGAUGAAAACAUACGGUACAACCUCAUAACGUUUCUCAUCGCUGGGCACGAAACCACCUCAGGUAUGCUUGGGUUCACAACGUACUAUCUCCUCAAGAAUCCGCAUUCUUUGGAAACGCUGCGCGAAGAGAUCGACACUGUGAUCGGUGAUAGGCCUAUUCAAUACGAAGAUAUCAGUAAGAUGCCUUACUUGGUUGCGUGCAUGAGGGAGAGCUUGCGCCUUUCGCCUACUGCGUUUGCUCGCGCCGUUUCACCGAAGGAGGAUACCACCUUGUGCAAGGGCAAGUACGCUGUCAAAGCGAGGGCAAGGUUGAGUAUCCUUGCCGCUUUCGCCCAUCGUGAUCCCAGUGUUUGGGGAGAAGACGCUGAAGAGUUCCGUCCGGAACGGAUGCUUGGAGGGAAGUUCGAGGCACUCCCGCCUAAUGCUUGGCAACCCUUCGGCUAUGGUAUGCGUGGAUGCAUUGGCCGCGCUUUCGCUCUCCAGGAGGCGCACAUCGUGCUCGCAUCGAUUUUUCAGAAGUUUGACCUCAUCAUGGAUGACCCCUCCUACACGCUGAAGAUCAAGCAGACCCUCACCAUCAAGCCGAACCAGUUUCAUGUACAUGCCAUUCCGCGCAAAGGAAGAAGGCAACUCGUUGCUGCUCCCUCGUCUACUUUGCUCAGGAUCUUGAGCGACGAUGGAAAGGACCCCGAGGAGUCGAAGCCGCGUCCGCCCGCGGAUCCCUCGCGGCCUCCAAUGUAUGUUCUUUACGGAUCGAACGGCGGCUCUUCCGAGGCUUUUGCUCAACGAUUGGCAACUGAUGCCGCAUCCCAUGGUUUCCGUGCAACACUUGGAAACCUUGAUUCUGCAACGGGCCACGUUCCUGCAGACGGGCCUGUGGCGAUUAUCACCGCGUCAUAUGAAGGAGAACCUCCGGACAACGCGGCCCAAUUUGUGGGAUGGCUCUCGGCACUGAAAGGUGCAGAGCUGGAAGGCGUUAAAUAUGCUGUAUUUGGUUGCGGCAAUCGCGACUGGGUCCAGACUUACCAGCGUAUCCCGAAACUUUGCGACUCACUUUUCGAACAACGCGGUGCUACACCUCUCAUACCGCGAGGGGAAGGCGAUGCAAGCGAUGCGAUGUUCUUCCAGGCCUUCGAUAACUUCGAGGCUUUGUUCUGGGAGACCUUGGAAAAGACCGUCACCACCACAGGCACGGCUAUAGGAGAGAAUCUGAGUAUCAGGGUCAUCGACCGCGGAACCGCGCGACCGGCAGCUUUGCGGCAGGCUGAUGCAGCCUUAGGUACGGUACUCGAGAAUAGAAUCCUAAGCAAACCAGGCACAUCCGAAAAGAGACAUAUUGAGUUCCGACUGCCCGAAGAAAUGUCGUAUCAGGCUGGCGACUACCUGGCCAUCCUCCCACGUAACCCCGAACGCGACGUUCGUCGUGUACUUGCGCAUUUCGGGCUACCGGACGAGCAAGAGAUCAACAUCACGGCCGUAGGACCCACCCCGCUCCCUAUCAACAAGGAUAUAUCCGUGAACACACUCUUGACGGGCUACGUCGAAAUAUCACAGCCCGCGACGACUCGGGACCUGCAUACUCUCAUCAAGCUUGCCACCUCGUCCUCUGAAGAUUCCGUUCCUGCCCUGCAGACAUUGCUUAGCGCGCACCGUAGUGAAGUCAUCGACAAGCGCCUCAGUGUGUUAGACAUCCUGGAAGCGCAUCCUUCGAUCAAUGUCGAGUUUGCAACGUUCUUGAACAUGCUUCCCGCCAUGCGCAUCCGACAGUACUCAAUCUCGAGCAGCAGCCUAGUUGAUCCAUCUCGUGCGUCCGUAACCGUGAGCGUGCUCGACGCCCCAGCGCUUUCCGGCCGCAAAGAGCGAUUCUUGGGCGUUGCCUCGACAUUCCUCGCGGGCUUACGGAAGGGCGAUAAGGUUCAUUUGAGCGUCCGCGCAUCCGCCGCGUCGUUCCAUCUCCCCGCCGAUCCCGAUGUUCCGAUCGUGAUGUUCUGCGCGGGCUCGGGCAUCGCGCCCUUUCGUGGCUUCAUCCAAGAGCGGGCAGCGCAGAAGCAUGCCGGCCGCUCCGUCGGGCGUAUGCUCAUCUUCUUCGGUUGUCACGCGCCUGACCAGGAUUACCUCUACUUUGACGAGACCGACGGCGAAGCCCGGAAGUGGGUUGCAGAGGGAGUCAUCGACCUACGCCCAGCCUUCUCCCGCGCGCGGGAGCAAAGCGCUGGGUGUAAGUACGUGCAGGAGCGACUGUGGCAUGACAAGGAGGAUGUCCGCGCGCUCUUCGUCGAGCGCGCCCAGCUAUACUCAUGUGGUUCGCGCAAAAUGGCGACAGGCGUGAAGGAAAAGCUUAUUGAGCUUAUCAAAGAAUCAAGAGGUUGCAACAAUACAGAGGCGGAGGCUGCGUUCGAGCGCGUUCGAGGCCGGUACGCGACCGACAUAUUCGAUUAAUCCCUCCUUGAGCCAACAGGCGACGUCUGUACUAGUAGGUUACAUUGCAGGUUGAGCCCUUGAUGAUGA